AUGACAGUUUCUCCUGUUGAACCUGGGGGGAGUCCCGCGACCGUUCCACCAGACGAGCUCCGAGAAGAUUCGGUAUCGCGUGUCGAACUGGAAAGCGAUUCUGCAGAGCCAGGGGCUUCUCGGCAUGACCAGGAUUAUCAAGGUGCUCCAAACAAACCGCAAGCAGCUCCUCCACGCCCCGACCAUCAGAGAAAUAAACGCCACGGCGCAUACCUGGAUGUCACGAAUGCCGGUUCUUCACACUCUUCUUCGUCCGAUUCCCUAGUCUCUGCACACUUGCUUCCCCCAAACACCGUGCAAUCCGAACCUGUAUUUGGAGAACCAGUCUCCCCGUCACCAUCGCCUGCACCGGAACUCACAGCUGCGUCCCCGCCUCCGAAAUUAGCAUGGAAGCAAAAAAUUACCCGGACGUGGCUUCUGGGUAAGGGGAUGCUGAUGGUGAUGUCGGCGCAGUUUUUCGGUGCAUCGAUGAAUGUGAUGACGAGAUUGUUAGAAUUGAAUGGGCCGCACGGCAAAGGGAUGCAUCCGUUUGAGAUCCUCUUUGUCCGCAUGUCUGCAACCACUUUCUGCAGCUUCCUGUACAUGUGGUACACCAGGGUUCCGCAGCCUUUUGGUGCUCCCGACGUUCGAGGCCUCCUAGUUCUCCGUGGAGUGAGCGGCUUCAUCGGCGUUUUCGGACUAUAUUACUCACUUGGCUACCUGCCGCUGUCAGAGGCGACGGUGUUGACAUUCCUUGCGCCGAUUCUAACUUGCUACGUCUGCUCUUUAAUCAUGCCGAACGAAACUUUUACCCGCAAACAGCAGCUGGCCGGGAUUGCUUCGCUUCUAGGUGUUGUCCUCAUUGCCCGUCCAACGUCGCUCUUCUCGAGUAUAGUGAGGUCCUCUGCAGAAGGCAUCCCUCCGUAUAGCAAUACCACGUCCCUUCAAUCGCCCAUUGCCGCAAGAAACGCCAUAGUUGGCAAAUCUAGCACCGGUCCCGACUCCGACUCGACACAGCAUCUCAUAGCCAUUGGCGCAGCUCUCGUCGGUGUUCUUGGUGCCACAUCAGCAUACACUUCCAUCCGCAAAAUUGGUCAACGAGCCCAUCCUCUUGUAAGUGUAAAUUACUUUUCCACCUUGACCACGAUCAUCUCCACUAUCGCCGUGCUGGUGCUUCCUAAUGUAUCGUUCCGUCUCCCUGCCAAUGUCACGGAGACUUUGCUCCUCUGCGGUCUGGGCAUCUGCGGCUUUUUCCUGCAAUUCUUGCUCACAGCUGGGCUGUCGUAUGUUCCUCCGCCAUCUGUUGUAGGCGGGAAUGGCGCAGGAUCCGGGAAAGGUAGCUCGCACGGCUCGCGGGCUACAAAUAUGGUGUAUACCCAGAUGUUGUUUGCAUUGUUUUAUGAUAGGAUGAUUUGGAAUUCAAUGCCGUCGGCGCUGAGCUGGGCUGGGUCCGGGAUUAUUCUUGCCAGCGCGAUUUAUGUCGCGAUUGCGAGAGAUGGGAAUAGGCAAAGUAUUCUGGCGAAUGUGAAGCAUGAGGGUGAAGAGGAAGAAUCUGCAGAUGGGAUUCUUGCGGGUGCUCGUGGUGAUGAUCUGGAGAGCGGGACUGCUAGGGCGAAGGUCGUGUUCCGGAAUGAUGGGUGCGAGGCGGUGGAUGAGGAAGAGAGGAGAAGCUUGCUGCAUGGUCAUGAAAACGACAAUGAUGACGAUGAAUAUGACGAAGGCGAACGAGCGCAGGAAUAUACGCUGCCACGAUGAUCUAUGAAUAAUGAUGGAUAUGACCACCCAAUGCGAACGGGGUUAAUGAGGAUGUAUGAUGGGGAUAAGUUGGGUUCGGACUCCGCGAUGGAUAUUUGUCCGACCCAUACCAAAAGAAAUAACGAUUGCGGGCUUAUAAAUCUAUAUAGAAGAUGUCUUAGUUAACUAGAA